UAUUCUGCCAACAACAAUUGGGAAAGUCACACGCGGAAAGAAGGAAAACGGAAUCUAGUGGAAAUUCAUAAGAUAUAUUUUUGCACUAUUUCCGUCUACGCGGAAAGAAUAUUCGUCACGCCAAAAAUAAAAGUUAACAAAAGUGCAUUAUUUAGUUACCGCCUGACAUUAAGAAACCGCUUUCCUUUUAAGCCGGAGUGGAACCGGCGUGAAGAACACAACUGUAUAUGCCGUAUUUAAAUAUGCACAUAUUACGUAGCAAAGAAGUCUGGGGUUAAAACAGUUGUGCAGAUUUGGAUGAAUAAAUCUUGUUUGGUUUUUAAAGGUAUUGAGACUGCUUAGCAAGACUUCUAGUUACAGCCCAAAAACAUUUUCAUGAGGGCGUACAUCCACACGUUCAGAAAAACGGCGGCAGCGAAAUAAAAAGCGGGACUUCAGUUGAUAUAUAUAUGUAUUGUUCUCGGAAAAGUGGUUUUCUGAAUAAAAGCAAAAUGGCCCCAGAGAAUAAGAAAAUUUUUUGAAGUUAAGGUAUUUAAAAAACGUUGCACUGAUUGCUGUCGUAAAACUACAGAGGACAAACCAAAAAGAGGCAUUAGGGAUUUUUAAUUUUCAAACUACUCAUAGUUAUAUUCUUAGCUAAAGUAUUCGUGGGCGGUGUACCUAAUAUAGGUCUAAAUAAUUUCAAAUGUAUAAACGUACGUUUGUUGCUUUAAAAUCUGAAAAAUUUCCGUCAUGAAAUUGUUUAGCUUUACAUAAAAUUAGUGCUGUUUUGAGAUUGAAAUGGUUGCAGGCAAUAUGAAAAUCAUAACACUUACAAAUGUAUCAACUGCUAAAACUCAACAUCACAAUAACAACGUUUUAACGACUACCUCCCCAAAUUCGAUAACGAAUACUACCAAAACUCAACAAGCAGCAAGUAAUGCAAAUAAGUCUCCAAAGAUGAGGUAUUAUAAAGGAAACAUCUACAACAAUGACAGCGUUAAGUCGCUGCAAACACCAAAACAUUGCGCUUCAAACAACAAAAAUGGUAAAAAAUCACAUUCACACAUGUUAUACAACAUUCCCACUACAUCAGUUUUAAGUAGCAAGAAAUAUUAUCAGCAACAUCACCGCUAUAAUCAACAGCAGCAAAAUAAUAAAGAUAUUAGAAACAAUAAUGCAUUAAAAAAUCAUGUGUUAGAAUUCGAUACAUCGAGUCCAGUAGAUAUACUUCCAUGUGUGCAAAACCAAAAGAUACCGAUUAUUGGUAGCAAUAAUUUAGUGAGUGUCGAAGAUUUGGUAAAUAAUAAUACUUCUAAAUUAGACGCUAACUCCAUUUAUAAACCAACAAAUAACGAUGCUAACUGCGCUGGUCUGAUCGUUGACAAUUCCAUUGCUCUUUCUUCGCAUAGAGCAAAAUCUGAGUUCAAACAACGUACGCCAUCAACAUCCCCAAAGAUUGCUGCGCCUAUAUUACUAGCUUCGAGCACAAUAACUGCCGCAAAUCCUUCCGGUCAACACAAUUGCCUAGGCGAAAACACAAGCAUCAAUCUUGAUUGUAACAGUUGUUGGACAAAUUUGGUGACUCCCCAGUGUUCUGAAUCUCAAACAUUGUUAUCCUGGCCUUGGGUGCACGUAAGUAGACGUAAAAGUGUUUCAGUUAGCUCCACCUCGUCGUACUCUUCGUCGACGUCGGUAUCAUCGACAGCAAGUAACUCUGAAUUGUUACAAAAUACCAACGUUAAAUACGCAAAUAACACAACCGAUAUUAUUCACACAAAGAAAAAGCCAUUUAGAAAAGGAAAUAUCAACAACAUCAGAGUUCCCAAAACAGAGAAGCGUCCAUCUCCACACAUAAAGGGGCCACACCAGCGCAGGACUUUUAACGUGUCGACAACGGCAAAUGAUCCACAAGACAUUAAGUGCUCCAUUGCUUCUUGUGCUGACAAUCAAAAAAAUUCGUAUUCCGCCGAAGACGCCAGUCCGAAAAAGACAGCAAUGGCAACUGUGUUGCCAUCGAGCACAGUUUCCUCCCCAACAGCAAUAACAACUACAGUUGAUCCUAAAGUAAAAACAACUAUUGCCGAAGAUGAUACAGAAAACUCAGAGGAGUCCAUAAGUACUGCCGAAACAUUAACAGUUACAACUCCUUUUUCAACAUCGGUAAAUGAAAUUAAUGCUAUUGGAGAAUUCCAAACUCCAUCGGUAUCGCCAGCAACGACAUCCACAUCAACUGUCACGUCUAAAACUUUAGAUAACACCUCUUCCACAGUUACUUUGGCGACGCCGCCUACUUCAUCGACAACAUCAACACAGGGGUCAACCUUUUCCAAUUCCUACUCAUUAGAUUUCCUGCACUCGGUAGGUGAGCAAAUGACAGGUGGCGCAAAUUUGUCACCGCAUUGUAAGAGUAAUACAAAUGAUAUGCGCACAACAGUAUUCAAUAGUCAAAAUCCAGUCGUGGUUUCGCCGGUGCGAAACGUAUACUAUCAAAAUUCUUUGCCGCAAAGACCGCAUAUAAUGCAUGAGCGAUAUGUACCAAAUAGUAGUGGAUUUGGAUUUAAUAGUAAUAGCAGUACGACUGGCGUUCAUACAAGAGACCAACGAGGGCAUCGUUUCCAGCAACAUCAUCACCAUCCACAGAGGCUGACAAUAGGCUCCUUUAUGCAGAAAGAACUUCUAAAUGAAGGCUUUAUUGGCAGCGGCAGCAGCAGCAGCAAUGGAAACAAUGGCAUCAAUGGAAGUGGGGACAGUGGGAGUGUCGAUGUUAAUAAUAACAAUGGUGAGCAUCGUAAUAAUCAGCGUCGUAACUACUACCCAUCCCACUAUCAACAACGCGUAUCCAAAGCUCAGCAUGAAUAUGCAUCGGUGCAAUCUUCGUAUAACAACGAAAUAGGAAACAAUGGAGUUUCACGUACAAGUCGGAACGGCAGUAGUACGCCCCUGCAACAAUCUAAGCAAUACAUGUAUCAGAAUCAUCAAAAUAACGUGGGUGCCACAUCGAAUUCCUAUCAAAAUCGUGGUGUUGUUGAGGAGACAGACAGUGGCGGUGGGAGUGGCAAUGUCAGCGGAGGUAACGAAAGUAAUGGAACUAACGAAACUAUAUCCAACAAUGUGCGGCUCUCCAAACAGUCGCAACAGAAAUUGUCGAGUGCCAAAAAAUCUAGUGGUAUAUCUAGCGCCACAUCUUCAUGCUCAUCGUCUUCGGCGUCUUCCAAUUCUUCGCAAGCAUCAACUACGUCUUACCGUCAACAAAAAGUAAAAUCAACUGCCCAAAUGAAUUUAGUCAUUGAGACGCUACCUAGGAAAAUGAAUUCAACUACACAUCGUCCCAAUCAUAGAUUGCAGCAGUUUGCUUAUCAUAGCCAACAACACAAUUCUCAGCAAUAUGCGUCGACAACGGGGGCGUUGCAGUCUGCAACUGUUCAGCAACCUCAUCAAAACAUCCAUAAUUUGACCUACGUAAAUACGGAAGCCCUCACAUCGCUUCCAAAUGUAGGCAUGAGCACAUCUGUCCCAUCGCGUAGCUGCAGUCCUUUGCCGCCGCCUCCACCUAGUACACCGGGUGCACAAUCACAAAAUAUCACGCCAUCAAUGGUACUUUCCUAUACUCCGAACCACUUUCAAUCUCCGCAUCACCAACAAAGUUUUGUGCAUGGUAGGUGCAUGUUUGCGCCCUUUGCCCUGAAUACGUCUUCUGCGCAUGCGGCAUCAUCCCAUGCAGCAUCUCCGCUUACAGUUGGAAAUAUGUUGUGUUACACGCAGUUGAACGAUUCUGGCACAUUAUGCGAUGCUAAUCAGCCAACGAUCAGUGUUCUCACAUCAAUAAAUAAUGAUUAUGAUGAUUCUGACUCCUCUUCAACGAACUCAGUCGCAUUUACACAGCGUCGGAAUAAUUAUCAACAUGUUAAAUCAGUGUCACUUUCAUCGUCGUCUUCGGCGUCCUCAACCUCUUCAUCAGCAGCACGAAAUUUCAAUGCAACGCAACAGCCAGUGGCUGUAGUUGCCGUGCCGCAUUUGCACAGUCCGGACCCAUCAGACUUUGCUUAUAGUACAAAUUUCCCUGCAUCAUCACAGCAUUACACAACACAACCCGCACCAUCUCCUCAACAACAACAGCAAUCACCAUUCAGGGGUAAUGGAAUUAUAUCAGCGUUUAAUGUACCAUUAAGUAAUGCCUAUACGGAUGAUGAUUUGAAUUCGAUUAAACAACAGCAACUGAAACAUCAACACCUGCAUCACCAACAACGGCAUUUCUACUUUGCAUCUGGAGAGCAUUUGAGUGCUGCUCCACCAUCGGCCCACACGGGAAAUGGCGGGUACUGGAGCCCUUUGCAGCACUCGAACUUUUUGUACCCUCAGCCUGCAAAUUUGAUGGCGUCUACUCCGUGCCUCACGCCCACGGCAACACUAUCACCAUGCUUAAGUGAUCACGACGACAAUUAUCAUCACCACCACCAUAUUCAUAAUCAACAACAGUUAAACAUCGUUACUCAAUCUGAGGUGUUGCCUCCAGUCAGCCAUUUAAAGCGCAGUUCAUCCACACAAAUGGGGCAUAGCGCCAUCAUAUCACAACAAACACAUCAACAUCACCGUCUUCCGCAGUCCACUGUCUCGCAAGGAGGUAGUACUGUAGCUUCCUUGCGCCAACGUAGUGGUGGGCGUAUUCAACUGCAGGGGCCGCAGCAUCUUCAAACUGCUGCUCCUCAACCGGCACCAACUUCUAUUUCGCAUGUAUAUCCGCAACAUAAUCUUCUCUAUGGUGGUCCGCAAACUCAUAUACGUUCCUUAACAAACACGUCGCAUGAGUUUUUCACGCACACCCCACCCGAUCGUUUUUUAGCAAGAGCACAUCUCAUAGAAGCCAAAGAAGCACCAAGCUCAUUAUUAAAUAACUCCAAAUGGGAUCAUCUGUCGCAAGGCGUCUGGAAUAAAUUUAUCAGUUCGCAGCAAACCGAGGAGACUUACAAACAGAAGAUGCACCUCUGGCGCUUUCUGUAUAUUAUUAUCAAGAACGCUUAUCCACGUUUCGGUCUAUAUCUGGUGGGCUCAACAAUUUCAGGAUUUGGUGCCGAUACUUCGGAUGUUGAUAUGUGUUUGGUAUCACGAAGUGCGUCCAGCGUCGAACCCCGCAUAGAGGCAUUGUAUAAUCUAACAGUUCUACGAGAUUAUUUGAGCAAAUCAGCUGAGUUCGAAAAUUUCAAUCUGAUUGAAGCAAAAGUGCCAAUAUUACGCUUUAGACACCGCAUUCAUCAACUGGAAGUGGAUUUAAAUUUCAACAACUGUGUUGGUAUCAAAAAUACACAUCUACUGUAUUGCUAUUCGCAGCUUGAUUGGCGUUUACGUCCUAUGGUGUUAGUUACAAAACUGUGGGCGCAAUAUCACAACAUUAACAAUGCCAAAAAUAUGACUAUAUCCAGCUAUUCUUUGGUUCUUAUGGUAAUACACUUUUUGCAGUACGCUGUCAGUCCAGCAGUGCUCCCGUGCUUGCAUGAGUUGUUCCCCGAUAAGUUUCACUUGUUGCGAUCAAAUGACUUUGGGCACGUGGACAUGGGCGAAUCGAUUGGUCCCUUUGAGUCGAAAAACACGCAAACUAUCGGAGAACUAUUUUUGUAUUUUCUGGAGUACUACAGUUGUUUCGAGUACUCACAAUAUGCCAUUUCAAUUCGUACCGGUGGUCUCCUGCCUAUCAAUGUAUGCCGUUUGGCGAAGUCAUCGAAAAACGAUAUCCACCAUUGGAAGGAGCUGUGCAUUGAAGAACCUUUUGAUUUAACAAAUACAGCGAGAUCGGUGUAUGAUUUCGAAACUUUUGAACGUGUCAAAGCAGUAUUUGUGGCUUCCUGGCGAAUAUUACAACAAACUCUUGAUCUAAAUUCUAUUUUUUCACCAAUUAUCAUACCAAUAUCCGGCAGUGUUGUUUCCACGUUAAAUCGCACUGGUUUACAAUAUGAUGACUCCUGUGAUAGAACGUCGUCAGAGACUGCAACAAGAGAAAACAGCACUAUCCAUGCCACUGUAAAUGGGCCCAAUAUGCUCUUACGCCAAGAUACUACUACUACUCACGUGUCUCCCGCUGUUACGUUUAUUUCUUUACCGAAAGACUCGAGUAUGCACGUUAUGAAAGAAGUGAUGCACAACAACACAAACGGGGAUGAUAAGACUGCUGCUGGAUCAUUGUCAGAACAUUGUCUUGAGAUUGAAAACGAUGUAUCAACAAAACCGUUCGCUACUGGUAUUGCAUCAUAAUAAUCUAACGUACGAGAGAUAUUCGCUUUCCAUGUCUUCACGUAUGUAAGUUUAAUUAUCGAGCAGCAUCGUACAAAAACAAUUCGUCUAGUCAAUCCAAAGUCUUGGUAAAAUAUUAUCCCAAUUGGGAGUUCAUUCCAAAAGACUGAUUAGCUUAGUAUAUUAAAAAUAGGUUUAUUUUUUCACUUUUAAUGUUUCGAUCGGUUUUACUGGUUAUACGAUAGUAAUGCAAAGUAAGGCAAAACUUUAUUUAUUUUUAUGAUUAGGGGAAAACUGCAAACUAUAUCAGUAUUUAAUACUAAAAAAAAAUUCCAUGCGCCGUGAAUGCUAAAUUAAAUUAUCCCAUUUCUGAAUAAUGUGAAAACGCAUAUAAAAAAACUGUUAGUGUUGUUGGAGUAAAUUCUAAAACUGUAGUUCGUACAUGAUAAAUUAUACAGUAACAUUUUUCUCAAUUUGUUUUUAAAUAUUUUAUGUGAACAAGUUAUUUUAUAGUUUGAUGCAUCUGCGUUUUGUUCACUUUAAAGUCACGUCUUAGAGUUGUCACUGACAAUGGCAUAACACGUAAAUAUGUGUGUGUGUGAUUUUGUAAUUACCUGAGUAUAUUAUAAUGUACAUAUAUAUAUAUGUGUGUGACUAUUUUAUGUAUUUAUCAGAGACCCGCAAAUAACAAAAAAUUGGAAGUACAAUUGUAGUUAUUCAAUACUAGUUUUUUCAAUAACUACUCUACUUAAAUAGUUCCAAGGUUAAUUUGAUAGAAUUUAAAAUAUUCGAAAAGGUCGAUUUAUAAAUGUAUGCCGAUGUAUGCCGUUGCAUUUCAAACAAAAAGUUAGAUUAAAUAGAAGAUCAAUUCGAAACGGAAAAUAACUACAAAUUAGUUACAUAAAAAUCAAAAAAAUCUUAAAAAGCAAUUUGCGGCAUUGAUAAAUUGCGCGAUUAUUUUCGGACUCUGGUAUUUAUAUAUAUGUGGGUGAUAUGUCUUUAAGCAGGUGUCUGAAUAUGACUAUAUUCUUCUAUUAUUCCUAUUUUAUGUAUCGAUAAAAUUCCCAUAUGCCAGCAAGUUGAGAGCACCGAGCACCGCCGCUUUCAAUCUUUCUGAUAUGACUGCGGAGUCGCAGUUGAAAUAAAAGUCGGUAUUGUACUGGCUGUUCCCUUUCAUGUACGCGUAAGAAGUACGAAGUUUUCAUAUCCAAACUUAAGUUAGUUACGUUUUUCUCUUCGCGCAAAAUUUGUAAUUGUAUGUUAAUUGUGUAUAUUUCGGGAAACAGUUCCCUGUGCCCAGUACAUAGCAACAUUGGGCACUUUAAUGAUUGACAUUUAGUAUAUAACUCCUACAAAAUUUUGAAUGUAGAAUAUUGUAAAUAUGCCACUAAAAUUGGGAUCUUUUUGCAUAAUAUAGGAGUUUGUUUCAUUUUUAGUGAGCUCAAAUAAUUCUGAAGGAAUUAAAUUCAUUGAAAAACUGACCCGGUGUUGAAGUUUCUUAUUUGGCUUAAGACUCGUUUUUUCCAAAAGAGAGCUUUUUGGGACUUCAACCUUAGUUGACGGAGUAUUUCCAAGAGAUAUUUCUAUCUGACAAUUUAGGUUUCGAAGAAAUUGAGGGCAAAUGCUCAGUUGCCUCAUAUAGGGGAUUUUUUUUUGUAAUCGUCACUGGAUAAAUCCUUACCAUCUUCCCCUUGACAUUCCAUUAAAAGAUUCUCUAUUUCAACAUCUGGUAACGAUUUUGAUGCCGUAUUUAAUGUUAGUUGCCAAAUCAGUCAACUGGAAAAUCUGUUUCCCAACGUUCUUUGUCACACUUCUGCAUCCAACAAUAAAUUCAUAAAAUUUGCAAUUUUUCACUCACUCCCAAAGAAAACAGGUAAAUAAAUAUGCUUACCUAACCACAUAUCUUUACAACAAUGAGAUUCACAAAAUUUUAAUUAUAAAUAUCGACUUUUUUUUUGCACUAAAAUUAAUAUCAACCACUUUUGUAAAAUCAGCCUUAGACAGAAUGAUUUGCGCUCAUUUUUCUUACAAUCCAAGGGCAACUACGUAAUACAAAACUUGGCAUCAGAAAUGUUUUUUGAAGUGAAACUUCGUAGGCGUCGAUGGAGGAGCGAAAAUGGACGAGAAGGUCAUGCAACGUUUUGGGCAUUCUCGUUCCGCGGGAGAGAAAAAAGAUAUAACGUAGAGGAAAAGGAGAGAGAGAGA